AUGGAAAUUCAAGGUCAUCAGUUUGACACUGUUAGAAGCAAUCUUCAGAAAAUUAAAGAAACUAAAAUUGGUGUUGCCGCUCACGCUAAUAACCCAAAGAAGAGCAUGAGAGUCAUUAAAAACCAACCAAGCAAUCCAGAGGCAACAGCUGAAAAUCCAGAUGAUGAUGUGAGUGGAGAGGAAGAAAAGCAAGAAACGACAAAUGAGAAGGUUACUACAACAGUGUGCCAGGUGACUCCACAGCAAAUGGAACAGGACACUCCUGAGAAGGUGGACCAAGAGCAGACCAAGUCACAGCCAGAUGUUGCCCAUCAGAAAAGUGAGAAAGUAAAUAAAGAAAAAAGAAAUAGUUUAGAUGAGGAAGAAGAACUGAAGCAAGUAUAUCAGCUCCAGGUAGCUGAAGAAAUGGCAAAGGAGAUUAAGAAGAAAAUAAGAAAGAAACUCAAAGAACAGUUGAUCUACUUUCCCUCAGAUUCUUCCUUGCAUGAUGACAAAUUGAGCAGUGAAAAAAAAAGAAAGAAAAAAAAGAAAGCUCCAAUUCUGUCUAAUGCUGAAACAAGUACAUUGACCUUUCAUGACACAGUUGAAGGUGAAAAGAAGGAAGGUCUCGUUGGAACAGUUACUUCAGAUAAUCAAGAUGAUGAAAUAACCUCGGUGGAACAAAAUGUAGAAGACAGCGUGCAAGAUGACACAAAAUCCAAACCAAAAAAAAAGAAAAAGAAGCCUAAAGCAGCUUCAGAUGAUAAUGAAGACACUGAUGGUGAUGAUGGUGUUCAGGAAAUAACAGGUCGAGAUAGUCCAGUUUAUCCCAAAUGUUUGCUUGACGAUGACCUUGUCCUGGGAGUUUACAUCCACCGAACUGAUCGACUUAAGUCAGAUUUUAUGAUAUCUCACCCAAUGGUAAAAAUUCAUGUGGUUGAUGAGAAGACUGGUCAGUACGUCAAGAAAGAUGAUAGUGAACGGCCUGUUUCAUCUUUCUUUGAAAAAGACAAUGUGGAUUAUAUUCUUCCUAUUAUGACCCAGCCAUAUGAUUUUAAACAGUUAAAAUCAAGGCUUCCAGAGUGGGAAGAACAAAUUAUAUUUAAUGAAAACUUUCCCUAUUUGCUUCGAGAUUUUGAUGAGAGCCCUAAAGUCAUCCUGUUCUUUGAGAUUCUUGAUUUCUUAAGCAUGGAUGAGAUUAGGAAUAACUCUGAAAUUCGAAACCAAGAAUGUGGCUUUCGAAAAAUUGCUUGGGCGUUUCUCAAGCUUCUAGGAGCCAAUGGAAAUGCAAACAUCAAUUCAAAACUUCGCUUGCAGCUCUACUACCCACCUACUAAGCCACGAUCUGACUUAAAUGUUGUUGAGGUUUUUGAAUGGUGGUCAAAAUGUUCAAGAAAUCGUUAUCCAUCAACAUUGUACGUAACUGUAAGAGGAUUGAAAGUUCCAGAAUGUAUAAAGCCAUCUUACCGUUCUGUGAGGGCUGUUCAGGAGGAAAAAACUAAACCAGUGUAUUGUGAACAACACUGUGAGUCAAGUUCAGUCGAUACAGAACCUGGAUUAGAAGAUUCAAAGGAGGAGGUGAAGUGGAAACGACUGCCUGGGCAGGCUUGCCGUAUCCCAAACAAGCACCUCUUCUCACUAAAUGCAGGAGAACGAGGAUGUUUUCGUCUGUCUUUCUCUCACAAUGGAAGAAUAUUAGCCGCAGCCUGUGCUGGCCGGAAUGGAUAUCCAAUUAUUUUACACGAAAUUCCUUCUGGACGUUUUAUGAGAGAAUUGUGUGGCCACGUCAAUAUCGUUUACGAUCUCUGUUGGUCAGAUGAUGAUCGCUAUAUCCUCACUGCAUCAGGUGAUGGCACUGCCAGGAUAUGGAAAAAUGAAAUAAACAAUACAAAAACCUUCAGGAUUUUACCUCAUCCUUGUUUUGUUUACACGGCUAAAUUCCAUCCUGCUGUAAAAGAACUGGUGGUUACAGGGUGCUAUGAUUCUGUGAUACGGAUGUGGAAAGUUGAUAUGAAAGAGGAUUUUGCCAUAUUGAUUCGACAGUUUGACACUCACAAGAAUUUCAUUAACUCUCUCUGCUUUGAUAUUGAAGGUCAUCACAUGUAUUCAGGAGACUGCACAGGGGUGAUUGUUGCUUGGAAUACCUAUGUUAAAGUUAAUGAUUUGCAGCAUUCAGUGCGCCACUGGAGUGUAAAUAAGGAAAUUAAGGAGAGUGAAUUUAAGGGGAUUCCAAUAAAUCACUUGGAGGUUCAUCCCAAUGGAAAACGUUUGUUAAUCCAUACCAAAGACAGUACUUUGAGAAUGAUGGAUCUCCGAAUAUUAGCAGCAAGGAAAUUUGUAGGAGCAGCAAAUUACCGGGAGAAGAUUCAUAGUACCUUGACACCAUGUGGGACUUUUCUCUUCGCUGGAAGUGAGGAUGGUUUAGUAUUCGUUUGGAACCCAGAAACAGGAGAACAAGUAGCAAUGUAUUCUGACCUGCCGUUCAAGUCACCCAUUCGAGACAUUUCUUAUCAUCCACUUGAAAAUAUGGUUGCAUUUUGUGCAUUUGGGCAGAAUGAGCCAAUUCUUCUGUAUACUUAUGAUUUCCAAGUUGCCCAGCAGGAGGCUGAAAUGUUCAAACGCCACAAUGGGACGUUGCCAUUCCCUGGAAUACACCAAAGUAGAGAUGCUUUAUGCACCUGUCCUAAACUGCCUCCACAAGGCUCUUUUCAGAUUGAUGACUAUGUCCACACUGAAGAUCCUUCAAUGAAGAUGCAGCAAGUGAAACAAAGACUCGAUUCUGUCACAGAGGUGAUGCGAGCCUGUGCUGCAAAGGUCAACAAAAAUCUCUCGCUUACUUCAACAUCACCCUUCUCACAACAGCCUAAGUUAAAACAGCCAAACAUGCUGGACACUCAAGAGAUCCUUCGUCAGUUUGGUUUCACACAGACUGGAAUUCCCAGCACAGAAAGAAUGCCUUGCAACCAUCAAGCAGAUUCAGCACCAACGGUAGUGGCUCUUUAUGACUACACAGCGAAUCGAUCAGAUGAAGUAACCAUCCAUCGCGGAGACAUUAUCCGAGUGUUUUUCAAAGAUAAUGAAGACUGGUGGUAUGGCAGCGUAGGAAAGGGACAGGAAGGUUUUUUUCCAGCUAAUCAUGUGGCUAGCGAAACACUCUAUCAAGAACGGCCUCCACAGAUAAAGGAGCGAUCCCCUCCAGAAACGCCCAAGGCAAAAAACAAAAUGGAAAAACCUUCAUCUUCUCAAAAGUCAGCCAACAAGGACAAGCCUUCAGAGUUCAGAUGGAGCCCAGAAUCUAUGACACAUUCUCAAGUGGGCAGAGCACAGAGCCGUGAGGACCAAGGACGUGUGACGGACACGCAGGUGAAUAAGAAUGAACAAACCAGCCGAAAAGUCACCCUCAUAAAGUAAAGAGCUGAAGAAGAAUGAAGAGACAAAGAACCAAAUACACAGAAAUGAAAUGACAAAUUAAAUGAAUGGCAUUUCUCAUCAGAGUUCAGAAUAUUCAGACACUAAGGAAGAAAGGAAGGACUUACUAUUCUUGUCCUUAUGAAGGAAUCUAGGAAAAUCAGAAGCAAGGUGGUAUGCUUGGAAAAAUAGUUGUGGCCUUUUGAGCCUAAUUGUUAAAAACCAUUGUGAUUGUUGUUGAUCAAAGUAUCAGUGCUUAAUUCAUUAGUAAUUGCAUCAAAGUUACGUUACCAUUUUUCAAAACCAAUAAAGUGAAAACCGUAAUUGCUAAUCAGCAAAUGUGAAGAAAAAGUGUUUGUGUUGUUAGUUCAUUAGGUAAUUAUUUAAUAUUAUAUCUGUAAUGUGGGUAUAGGUGUGAUGCUAUGCUCAAAAUAUGAAGUAUCUGCUUUUGUGAUGUAACUCUAUUUAAAAUAUAAGCAGUUUCAAAAUAUUGUGUAUUCAGAAUGGUUCAGAGUAAGAAAGACAUUAAAAGGGAACAAAUUUGUUUUGAAUGAAUCAUAUAUAUAACUUAAUACAGAUAAACUUAAAAUGUCUUUCGGCUGGACUAGCAGCAGUGUUCCAAAUUACUUUUCUAAAAGAGCAUUUCAUGUUUAAGCAUAUAAGUAACUUCUAGAUGAACAAUGUUUAAUAUUUAUUUUAGUCUCAAUAUUUGUUUUAAAUGGUCACAUUGCAUUAUUUAAUUUUUUUAAUUUUAGAAUAAUUAUUGUCACUACUAUGUGACUGUAUUUUGAAAUGUGAUGUUAUAACAGGAAAGUUUAUUUCAUUUUUCUUGACUCUUCUUAUUUCUCAACUAUGCGAUUAUAAGUCUGUCAAUGAAAUAUUUAACCUCAAAAGCUCAAAACUAAUAUAAAAUUAGAAAACUUAUAUACCAAAUUAGACAAUUGAUUCCAUUAAAAUAAGAAGUGAGAAAGGCAGUGCUGGGCACUGAGGUGUGAAUUUUGUCCAGAUGUACACCCACUGUGAAAUAUCUUCUAGUAAAAAUAUAUUUGGCUCUUAUCCCUGCACAUGUUGUAGAUGCAUGAAAAUUAGUAAACAGGCCUCUGCUGUAUAAAACAAAAAGGAGGGGACGUUUUUGAAAGUGGUGAGUGGCAGCAAUGACUGUGGGGGCCCUCGGGCACCAGCACCCACGUCCGUUCUGACAGCAGUGAGUUCUCAUUGUUCUGGGCGCACGUGUCUGUCUGUGCUUCAGGUACAGAAAGGCCCAGCCAGCUUGAGUCACCCUUGUACAAGCUGUGUUUUUCCUGUCUUGUGACUGCUCUCGAUAAUUAAAUAAAAGUAUGCAUCUCUCUGUGGUUUCAGCUCAUGGUUUUGAGACUUGUGUUGAUUCUCUUAUUUUGGUUUUAAUCACAAAGAAUUUCAACGCAUUGCAGAAAAUUUUAAAUCAUGACAAGUAAAAUAAUAUGUUGGGAGAGCUAAACAUAUGCUGAGAUCUCAAUGUUCAUAUGAAAAAUAAUGGGUUAUUUUUAUAUUGCGACUCCUGAAGACGAAAAUAACAAGUGUGGCAAACAGCAGGAAAAGUUGGUUUCACUCAAAGCCCAUUGUCAUUGACAAAGAAAGACUGGGUUAUGUUCACAAAUAAAUUAAUAAAACACCUUAUACCACAUUCUCUGAGAUGAGUUUGGA